AUGGAGGACAUCAUCGAUAGUGGAACAUUGAAUGGGAAGGAGAAAAUUACGGAAAUACUGAACCGACGGCACAAGGAACGGGAACUGCACAUACAGGCGGCCAAGCUGGAACGGCAGAAAGAUGCGGAAAGUACGGAAGCGUUGCAAUAUUUUGAAAUCUCUUUCGACGAGAAGGUGAAGGUGAUUCGGAACACGCUCGAAAAUGUUACCAUCAGCGAUCAGAAGGCACAGGUGUUUGCCAGCGUGCAGAACGAAAUUUACGAACUGCAGCGUUACCUAUCGUCGUCGACCUUCUUUCUGAAUGAAUAUUGCAUUAAAGUUUGUCAGAAUACGGUCAACGAGUUGAGCAAACUGCUCGACACGCUACGAAACGAACUCCUGCCGAAGAAGAAAUUUGGCUUCAAGAGUAAAAAAAUUGUCAAAAUGAUCAACGAAAAGGAUGCCAAAGAGCAGGACACUAAGCAGACAUCGGAAGUGACCGGCUCCGCUCAGGAAAAUCACAUCAAAUGGACAUUUUCUGAACGUUCCGAACAGUUGAUCGAACUUUCGGGGGAUGUGGUGAAUGAUCAAACGAUAACGGCUACAAAGCUAAAGAACUGUCUCAUCCGCAUCGAAGGACAUCCGGGAUCGUUACAGUUUGCGCAGCUGGAUAAUUGUGUGGUCGUGUGUGGUCCAACCGCGAGAUCCAUCUUUCUGGACGAUUGUACCGACUGUAAGUUUGUCGUGGCAUGCCAACAGCUUCGAUGUCAUCGUUCGCGGGAUUGCGAUAUGUAUUUGUACGUAACCUCGCGGGCAAUAAUUGAAGAUUGCAAAGGCAUCAGGGUGGCGUGCUACAACCACCAGUACGAGGGUAUUGAGGAAGACUUCAAACAGUCGGGCCUAGACUUGUCCUGCAACAACUGGAACAUACUGGAUGAUUUUAACUGGCUUUCAACUGACAAACCGUCACCGAACUGGUCGUUGCUCGACCGGGAGCAAACAAUAGACGACUGGAAUUCCUAUUUACACCGCUUUCAGCAGAUGCACAGUCUUACGCGCGUGGACCAUUAAAUAAAAUGCUUACAC